AUAUGGCGUCACUGAAAAGUGUAGGAGUCGAGAAACUUCACCCAUGUAAAUAACGUCAAGAAGAAAGCAGUGUGACAAGCUGUAGAUAGCAAUACGCAGUACAGCUGUAUAUAUUAACCAGCUUGCUUUAUAACUAUGCCCCGGAAAAAGCCAUUUAGCAACAAACAGAAGAAGAAACAGCUACAAGUCAAACGGGAGAGAAAGAGAGGUGACACGGGAUCAGGGCCGAGCAGCCGCAAUGCCAGCGUGGAGCGAGGAGAUCGACAGUCGGACACCUCAGACAGUGAGACCACAGAUGUUAGGAGAAUAAAUCAACAGCCCUUCGGCAGAGAAGGUAGAUACGAUCCCAAUAGGUUCCGACUGCACUUUGAGAAAGAGAGUAAAGAGGACGUCGAAAAGAGGAAGAAGUUGGCCAGGGAGAAAGUACUGCAGCCAGUCUCGGAUAAAGAACAUGAGACCAGCAUAGAAGACCUCUACCCCUCAGAGAAAGGUCUUGGUUUCCCACGACGGCCGUCCUGGAGUUAUGAGAUGACACGAGAGAACCUGCUGAGGAAAGAGGAGAAGUCGUACAGAGAAUACCUGGAUGACCUGCACUCCAGAAACCCAGCUGGCUCUCUCAGCCACUUUGAGCACAAUCUGGAGACAUGGAGGCAGUUAUGGAGAGUGUUGGAGAUGUCAGACGUCAUCCUGCUCAUCGUGGACAUCAGGCACCCGGUGCUGCAGUUCCCUCCAGCUCUGUACCACUACAUCACAGGAGAUCUGCAGAAGCAGGUGGUCCUCGUGUUGAACAAAGCCGACCUGUGUCCUCCCCCACUGGUGAUCGCCUGGAAACACUACAUGACCUCCCAGUUCCCCCACCUGCAAAUAGUCUGCUUUACCUCCCACCCGGGACAGCCCUACAGCACAGUGCUUCAGAAGAAGCGGAUGAGAAGGAAGGCUGACUGGAGUCACGCUGGCGGUCCUUUAGAUAUCCUGAAGGCCUGUCAGGACAUCACAGCAGGGAAAGUUGACCUAUCCAGCUGGGAGCAGAAGAUUAAGAGAGAUGCUGUUGCUGAGCGACUGGAUGGCGAACCGCCUGACGAAGGAGCAGAGUCGGUGCUGAUGGAGCACCAUACUGACAGCACUAUGGAGAUGAGCAGCCCAUCCCAGGAGCUGUACAAAGAUGGGGUUCUCACACUGGGCUGCAUAGGCUUUCCAAAUGUUGGUAAGUCCUCAGUUAUAAACAGCCUGGUGGGGAGGAAGGUGGUGAGUGUGUCUCGAACCCCAGGCCACACCAAAUACUUCCAGACCUACUACCUCACCCCGACAGUGAAACUCUGUGACUGCCCUGGACUGGUUUUUCCCUCCCGUGUCAAUAAACAGUUGCAGAUUCUGGCGGGCAUAUACCCGGUGUCUCAGCUGCAGGAGCCCUACAGCUCAGUUGGUUAUCUGUGUGAAAGGACUCCAUUCCUCUCAGUGCUGAAGCUCAAACAUCCCAGUUUGCUGGAUCAGAAACCUCAUGAAAAACAGGAUCCUGAAGAGCACAGCUGGACUGCCUGGGAUGUGUGUGAGGCAUGGGCAGACAGGAGAGGCUAUAAGACCGCAAAAGCAGCUCGCCACGAUGUUUACCGAGCAGCUAACAGUCUCCUGCGGUUGGCAAUUGAUGGCAGAUUGUGCCUCUGCCUCAGACCACCUGGCUACAGCUGCCUGAGAGAGCACUGGGAAAAUCACCCAGACCUGCCGGAGAUUAUGGCUCUGCAAGGGAGGAUGACAGAGGAGGAAGGAACAGGGGAGAGGGACGAUGAUGACGACGGAGAGUCCAGCACCGAGCCAGAGGAAGAGAGAGACCGGGACGCAGACGAUGAUGAGGAUGGAGAUGAUGAAGAUGAAGGGUUUGGACAUCCAAGACGGGAAGAAGAUAAGUCAUCUGGCUUCACUGUCAACAUGUACAAUGUCCUUCGGGAAAAUGAAUGCGAGUAAUAAUAAGCAGGAAGUUGCAACUUCUGCCCGUUAAUCCCAGUGCACUUUUCAUUCCUUUUCCCCCCUAAAUCUGCAUUCCUUCUUAUUUUUUUCUUGCAUCUCCCCUUCUCAUGCCAUCACCUUCUCUGUACAUUAACAUGAACUAUUCUAAUUAAUCCUCCCCAUUCCCUUCUCUCUAUAAUAUACAGAGCAUAUUCAUGUACUCCAUGCUGUGCCUCUGCUCUGCUUGUUCUUUAGUGUUGCUUCUAGGAAUGGGUUUGGUUUGAAUUUUUUUUUUUUUCUUUUUUGCAUGUAGUUCCUCAGAAGCGAAUGAACAAAAUAACUUCCCUCAGUCUGGAAUAAUCAACCAACUGGUUUUCAAUCUCUUUAUUGAUAAGUGACUUCACAGCUGAGAUGCCAAAGUUCAGGAAAUAGAUGAUAAAACAAAUCAGAUGCACUGUCGAUAUGAUGUCAUUCACUGGAGAAGCCAUUUGGCUCUCAGAGCAGCUGGAGAUUUAAGACCAUGACUCUUAAUCUUCUUUAUAGACCAUAGUUUGUCACAACUUUGGUUAAAGGGUGUGGGGAUGGGAUAUGGGAGAUGCUAAAACCAUAAAAGUGGAAUGAAUUAAAACCAACAUUUUUACACACACAGUUCUGCAGUUACCAGUAUUACGGUUUUCAUUUACAUGAACUUGGUUUUGAUUAAGAUAAUACUGUGUCCAAGAGUGAUAUUUUAUUUGGUGUGGUUCUACAUAGUCAGCAGGAAAUUUCUGAAAAUGUUUGGGAUGGGGGGAGGGGAGGGGGUUGUUGAAUCCUGUAUUGCUGGAUGACGCUGUUUCAGGAAUUUAACUUGUAGUGUUUUAACUACUACAAAAAUGAUCCUAAGAUGCUGAUGGAAAUCUACAGUAUUUAGUGCAGGGUUUUGGUUACAUUCAUUCAGCAGGUUUAUAUGCUAAUGGCAGUACAGGGGGUUUGAUCCAACAGAGACUGCUUAACAAUCAGCUACAGGAAUAGGACAUUUUGGGGAAACUGCUCUCUUCCUGAGAGUUAGAUGAGAAGAUUGAUGCCACUCCUGUAAUGGAGAUGAAAAGUUAGCUUAGCACAAGGACUGGAAAUGGGAGGAAGCAGCUCGCCAAUCUCUGUCCAAAGGCAGCAAAGAAUUCCUACACGGCCACUAAUUACCACAUUAUUAUCUUGUUUGUGUAAGCUGUACAAAAACUAAAGUGUACAAAUGAUACAUUGUGGUUUUAGACUCCAGGAAGUUACAGCCCCCGGCAAAGAAAAAGUCCAGCACAAACUCCUAGGAAAACCACAAUACAUGAUUUUACGCUUGGUUUGCUUUGUAUGGAAUAAACGAAUGAGAUGUAAUGUGUUAAUUAGUGCGUUUUAAACAGUGUUCCAAAUUGUUUAAAACACAUGAAUUAAAAUAUGGUGUUUUCAAGGUUUAAAGAGUUUGAAACUGUUUUAUAAUUUUAAAUUUAGGUCAUAUAGGAUGUCAGGCCUACGUAGGAACAGGUGAAACAUUUCUAAAUAUGAUAUUAUAUUUUUGAAUUAGUCACCCUUUUGUAGAAUGCUGCCAUGGGACAAAAUUUGGGUUGUUUAUGAUGCAAUAACAUUUGAUUUAAUGUGAUGAAGAUUUGAUCAGUGUUGGAAAAGCUCGAAAAGGCUUUAAUUUCACUUUUGGCGGAACCCUAUUUAAAGGUGUUUCUAUAUUUACCGUUCAGAUCUUCUCACCUAACUCUACAUAGGAGUAAAUAAGUUUGUAUUUACCUGAAUGUCAGACUAUUCCUUUAACCACACAGAAAGAGAGACUGGCCAUCUUAGCUUCCAUCUGUCCAUCAUUAUAAAUAUCAUUACACACUCCAUCUGUGCUGUUUUAAGAACUAUAACUUCAACAGUGUUCAAUGUCAAGGUCAGAACUUGUGAUGCUGUUCGGACACCUGCACACCAUACAUAACAUCAGUAAAAAUCUUCAGUUGAAAUUAGAAAAACUGACAUCUUUGCUGUUUGACCGGUCUCUCUAUCUCUCUCUCUCUCUCUCUUUCUCUCUCGCUCUCUCGCUCUCUCUCUCUCUCUCUCUCUCUCUCUCUCUCUCUUACUUACUGUGUGAUGGCCCCGCUACAAUCCUGAGUGCUGUAUUAUUGUGUGCUGUUGUCGUUCCUCAUUUGUGUGUACACUGAGGGAACAGCACCGUGCUGUGUUACUGUGUAAUGCAUCACACUGCAGACACAUGCAGUCAUUUCUACCAUUGGUACAGUGUAAAACACUUCUUCAACACCACCAUGCUGUUUGAAACACGACAGACUUUAAGUUGUGUUGAUGUGAAUUUUAUUUUAUUUUUUGGAAAUAAUAACACUGACAGCGUCUGGAGAGUGUAGUGUGAAGGCUUGAGGUGUGUUCAGGCUAUUUGCUGCAUUCCUCAUUUCAUUCCUAGUACGCCUAAUGAUGACUGGACUGCUUUCUGCAAUAAAAGAAAAUAAUCCUCUAAA